GUGUCAGUUGUACUGGAUACACGGGCUGUCAGAUAUUUGAAGAGUGUGUGUGGAAGCAUACACAUAGAAGGACAGCACACAACCUAGUGGAGGUACAGUGUGUGCGUAAGACACUGCGGUCCCGAAGGUAGAUAAAAGCGAGCAAGUCGAGGCCGUGGCCAGUGCUAGUGCGAAUUACCGAAGGUCGAGGGUGGACUGUAGUCUCAGUCUCGUUUUGCCAGUGUGUUAGUAGUGGCCCCAUCAUUGCAUUCGUCAGUUUGUUCCUUAUUCAGCCAGUGGAUCUGCUGGCAAGUUAACUGGUAUUAAGACACAGGUUAUUACUUGGUGCUGAUCAACGCAUCGGAGCAGAAAGUAAUAAAAUAAUAAUAAGAACAAGCGGGAUUAUUGAACAUCUAGCUGAUAUACGGUCCAUGUGAUCUAGUGACUAUUAAAAUGCUCAUCAAGGAAUUCCGUGUCACCCUGCCACUUACUGUUGAAGAGUACCAAGUGGCUCAACUCUACUCGGUGGCAGAGGCAAGUAAAAAUAACACAGGCGGCGGGGAAGGUAUCGAGGUAUUAAAGAACGAACCGUUCACGGACUACCCACUGUUGGGAGGUAAAUAUUCCUCGGGACAAUACACCUACAAGAUUUAUCAUCUAGCAAGUAAAGUACCAGCGUACAUACGCGUCCUUUUACCAAAGAACUCGUUGGAAAUCCACGAGGAGGCAUGGAAUGCUUAUCCAUACUGCAAAACAGUAAUCAGUAAUCCUGGAUACAUGAAAGAUAAUUUUUUUAUCAUGAUUGAGUCAUUUCAUAUUGCAGACACUGGCAAUCAGAACAAUGUCCAUGAAUUACCACCAGAAAAAUUAAAAAUACGUGAAGUUGUACACAUAGACAUUGCCCAUGAUCCAAUAGCCAGUGCGGACUACAAGGAGGAUGAAGAUCCGACGAAAUUUAAGUCUGAAAAAACGGGUCGAGGACCACUAGUCAGCAAAGACUGGAAGAACAACGUGUCUCCUGUGAUGACGUGUUACAAGCUCGUGACAUGUGAGUUCAAAUGGUUUGGACUGCAAACACGAGUCGAGAGCUUCAUCCAGAAAGCUGAGAGACGUCUCUUUACCAACUUCCAUCGGCAGGUAUUCUGCUGGACAGACCGCUGGUACGGACUCACGAUGGAAGAUAUUCGAGCGAUUGAAGACAACACCAAGGAAGAACUCGAUAGGCAAAGACAUGAAGGAGAAGUACGCGGUAUGCGAGCUGAUGAAUGAACCUGCGGUCGAAGUGUCUAGCUACUUUUAAAUAAUUUUAAAUUUAUUUUCCCUAUCUUCAAUAUAUUAGACACCGAGAGAAUGAUUUAAAAGAAGUUUGAGACAGAGCACAAGAGAGAAAGAGAGAGAAAGUGAGAGAGCGAGAGAGAGAGAAUAAAUAAAUAAAAAAAUUGUAAAAAAAAUUAAUAUCUUAACGAAUGUAUUACUAUUAAUAAUUGUUCGGUCCACCACAAAGUGAUCCCUUUCACACGAGACAGUUUUCCUCAAAAAAACUUUCAUUUAGAUUUAUAAAUCUAUAUAUUUAAAUAUAAAUAUUUAUCAGUGUCUAAUAACAAUUACUUAUAUUUUAAUUUAUUUACAAUUUACGGAAAUAUUAAAAGAAAAAAACAAUUCAUAAAAAUAAACGUAUUAGAUAAAUAUAUUUACAGUCAAUGAUUAAUAUUAAUUCAAAUUAUAAUUGUGUAAUGUAACGUAACUAUACGUGAGAAAAAAAAAGACGUAAUGAUUAAUUACAUAUGAACGUUUGAUCAAUACUUCUAUGAAUAAUAAUAGUUUAAAUGAUAAAUAAAUAUACACAUCCACUUACACAAAAGUUGAGUUUUAAACUUAAAAUGUCGAUACAAAUAUAGAUAAUUAAUAAUAAUAAUAAUUAAUUGAUAGUGUAGAGUAGUUAGUAAUAGUUAUGAACAUUUGUUAACUGGCAAUCGAGCUGAUAACGAAAGAAAAUUAUUAGGACAAGGAUGUUAAUCAUCAAUGAUGGAAUUUAUUUUUCUUAAUAGUUAAUUCAUGUAUUACUAUUAACUAUUUUAUAUUAAUGUUAAUUUAAAAGUUAAACAUUAAUUAAAUUUAUACAGCUUUUUUUUAAUGUUUUAAAUAUCAAUAAUAAUAAUAAUAUUAAUUAUUAUUAUUAUUAUUAUUAUUUAUAUGAAAAUGUGACAUGCGUUUGCUAUUAUUAUUAAUAAUUUUGUAAUGCGCAUAUUCUUAUUUUUUUUUUUUUUUUAUUGGACAAAAUCGAUUAAACUUUACCGCAAGUAAGCGUCUGCAGAUUUGUAUCGCGAUUUUUGGUAUCGUUCACUUUGUUAAUUAAAUUUUUUUUUAAACGCAUUGUAAUUAAAAAUGAAAUAUUGUUUUAUAAAUUAAGUGUUACAAUGCAGCUCAUGCUUACGUCAACGAUAUGAAAGUAAAAAAAAAUUUUUUAAAUGAAUCAUAAUUAAUAAUAAAGUGUAAUGAUGAUAAUAGUGGAAAAAAUUGCGUUAGGAUGAAUUUUGAAAAUUAAUUAUCAAUUAUUAAUUAUCACGUUUAAUUGUAUAUCGAUUGCAACAAUAACAAUAAUAAUAAUAAUAAUAAUCUUAUGGUAAAAUAAAUUUUUCUUUCGCGAGUUGCGAUUUAUCAAUAAAUAAAUAAAAUAAAAUUAUCUAAAAGUUAAAUGGAUGUCGGCUGCUUUAAAUUUAAAAUAAAAAGUAUAAUUAUUCGAUUGGUUUACGAAAGAGAAUUAGAGCUAUUUAAUAAAUAUUUAGAUAUUUAAAUUUAUUUCUCUAUAAAUGUAAAUUAAUCUGCGUCUGAGCGUGAGUUUAUUACGAACGCGGGUAUUAUGUAAAGUUUUAAACAAUAAAAGAUUUAAGAAAAAAUAAACAAACAAAAACUUAUGGAAUAGAGUUAAGAGUUAAACAAAGAGAUGUGUUGGGGUUUUAUGAAAAUUAUGAUGAUAAAAAAUUAAAUAAGAGCAAGACGUUGUACAUAUAUAUAAUAAUAAUGAUAAAAAAAUUACUGAAAGAUUAAAGAAAAAGAUAAAUAAUAUGCAUAUAAUGAAAUUCGAAGGGAUUUAAAUAUAUGAUAAUGAUAAUAAUGGAGAUGAUGAUGAUGAUGCGUGCGUUAAUUAGCUUCGUUUGCAUUCCGAUGAGAGAGUACUUGCUACCAAUAUAUAUACAAUUGAAUACAUUACGAUCUCUGUGAAUUUAAUUACUAAUUACUAUUAAUGUUAUUAAUUAUCUAGUUUAUUAUUUUAAAUUUAAAUUAUUUAAGCCGAUUAAUGCUUGUAUUAUUAGUGGAGCAUUAUCUUAACCGGUCUAAGAAAUUUAAUAAAGUAUUGAAGUAAUGUAGUUAAUUACCCAAGUAAAAAAAUUCGAAAAAAAGUUUACUAUUUUAAACAUCAAUAAGUGAAACAACGACGGAC